UGGCGGUAAUGCGCCUUCAAGUUGGUUUGCCAACCGCCAAUAAACUCCAUUGAACAGGAAGAACAAGCGGAUACUCAAACGAUCUCGUCUGCGACAGUAUUUUUUUUUUUUUUACAUAUAAAUUAUGCGGUAAAAGUGAGUGAUAAGUGUUUUAUUUUAUGUUUUUACCAUAUCACACAAUACCAAAGCUAUGAAACCACUUUAAAAAUUAUAAUUCCUCCUUGUUAGCACGCGCCAUCUCAUGCUAAGCGACGUUAGCUCGUUAGUGAAUGAGGUCUGUACUCCGUCCUCUAAAGGGGGUUUCUUUGUGUUUACUAGUUUUAACAGGUACCGUGGUUCCUGGGCACGAUGGCGACACAGAGAGUGCUCCCUCAGAGUAAAGAGACUCUGCUGCAGAACUACAACAAAAGACUAAAAGAUGACAUCCGGUCCAUCCUGGACAACUUCACUGAAAUCAUCAAAACAGCAAAGGUACUCAGACCAAAUCCUAUAUUUACUUGGUUUUCUUUUAAUUCUGCCUCCCAGAAAGCAUCCCCGGUGUCCUAUCCGUACAAAAACUGUCUUCUUACCGUCAAAACAUUUGUGUGCGUAUGACACUUAAAGGGAUAUUCCGGCGUAAAAUUAAUUAAGGGUCAAACACACCAUAACACAGAGAUGAAUGUUGUCGACCACUUGCUUCUCUAGUUUUACCAACUUUAGUAACGACCGCACGAUAGCAGUCUGAGGAGCCAUGAACAAACCUCAACCAAAACAUCACUUUAUAGCCACAAAUAAUGCUCAGAACAGCACCUAACUUCAUCAACAGUACAUAUAGGGUCUCAGCCAAAGCACUAGCCAUCAAACAUCUUUUUAACUUUGCCUAAUUUCUUUAACAAAGAGACUAAACACAACUCACCCGAGUGAUGGGUACAGCAGUUCUUUUAGAUGUACUGAAUCACUAGAAUCAGUUCAAUCAAAAGAUUCGUUCAUUGAAUGUUUCAGGAUUCAGUUCAGUUCAUAGCUUCUGGGACCGGGAGACGAGAGUGUUUGGCUGUGUUGCUUUGCGGUCGGCGACAUUCAUCUCUCGGGGGGGUGUCUACCUGGGUGUUAUGGUGUGUUUGACCCUAAAUUAAUUUUACAUCGAAAUAUCCCCUUAUUUAUUCCUGCUGUUCAUAAACACACUCUUGGAUUGUUUUCUGUCUGAAGAUAGAGGAUGAGACCCAGGUUUCCAGGGCAACCCAAGCAGAGCAGGACCACUACGAGAUGCACGUCAGAGCAGCCAACAUUGUAAGUUGUCCAGAUUAUACAAAACAUUCUUUACAUUUGUUUUUCUCUUACAGUCAAUACCCAUGUUAGUAUUUACAACCCCACUUCAACCUUUUCAUCACCUCAGGUACGAGCUGGUGAGUCCCUGAUGAAGCUGGUGUCUGAUCUGAAGCAGUUCCUGAUCCUGAACGACUUCCCCUCUGUGAACGAUGCCAUCAGCCUCCAGAACCAGCAGCUCCGCUCGCUGCAGGAGGAGUGUGACAAGAAGCUUACCUCCCUCCGUGACGAGAUCGCCAUCGACCUGUAUGAGCUAGAGGAAGAAUAUUACUCCUCCAGGUACAAGUAGGCCCGUAUUUGCUACCGUCCCACCGUCCCUCUGUUGCCACAUGUUCAGCACCAUUUAUUGACCUACCUUUACCAUUCACUGCUGAGCCUGAGAGGGGGAUUACUUCUUCCAUCAUCCAAAACAUGACACCUUUUGGGUUGAAUUUUCCUCAUCUUCAUAUCCAAACGGCAACAUUCAUCAAUACAAAGCAUCACUACCCUCAUCUCACUAAGUGACUUUGAAUUGUUUUUCAUAAAGAAGUGCCUUAAGUUGUUUUUUUUGCUGUAUGAAAAGGGUCAAACUUUGUCAACAAUAAUAGACUUUAGCUUUACAGUGGUUUACAGCUGAAUAUCAGCAGUGUGCAUGAACUAUGAUCACUCAGUUUAUACAUUUUUAACGGACUGAAUGGAGUUAAUUGAUGCAGUAUGAAAUUCAGAGAACCUUACUGGUGAUAAGAAUCGUGUUACGGUCUGAAUUAUAACCAGAUUUUGGGUUAUCUGAUCAGCAGCGUCUUUCAGGCUUUAGAGAGGAUCUAGCAGAAAUGGUCAGGUACAUGGGGAAGAUGGACAAUCAAGUGUAAUUGUAAGUAAUGAGGCCUUCGCUUUUUGAUUUAUAACUGAAAUAAUUUAAAUGAAAGUAAUGACCAUUUAUAAUGUUUGUGUUUAAUAUUCAGACUGUCUAAUCAGUUGUUUAGUGUUUUGUUAAAAGUCAUUUUUAGGGAAGCGCACCUCCUAGAGAGAGAUCACACAUUUUAAAGAACUAAAAUGAGAUUUUAUAGACGUUAUUCAAUUUCAGAUAAUUUAUCAUCAAGUUUAUUUGUUGUAUGAUGGAGAUCUUACUAAUGGACUGUGGAUGAAUGCUUGGUAAAGAGUGUAAAGCUAGACUGUUUGCUGUUAUUUAUUUGAGGUUAAUUCUGGGGAGUUUUUUAAUCUCAAAAGGUUAGGUGUUUUGUGAAAGUGACACCAGCUGUAACCACACAGGUGGAGACAAUCACACAAGGUGUGUUGUAAUCUGUGUACUAGUUUGUUCCAGCGACCUAGAAUGAUGUGAGAAAUAAAGUAGAAACAAAACACUGCAGUAGUUUGUCAUGUUUUCUACAAGAAAGCAUCGAGAAGCAUCUGUCAGUCCUGUUUGGAGCAUGCUGAGUGUGGGCCUUCUUCCUCGCUGCACCUGCUCUGCUUUUUCCAUCAGCAACUAAUCGCUUCUUUUUGCUGAGCUUAAAGGCAAUACGUCUCAACUCCGGUGAUUAGUGAAUAAUCAGCAGUUUAACGCAUUGAUUCCAUUUCUGCCGCUCCUGCAUAACCUCCAUGCUUCUAUCGUAUGUGCACCUUUACGUGCUCUCCUAUGUGUGUGACUGUGCUUAUUCUGACCUGCCGCUCUCGUCUGCUCCUCUCUUUCUGUGCUGCGCUGAUUCUUUGUCCCCCCCCCGGUUUCUGCCUCGCAAAGCUACAGUCAGUGGGAUAGCACUGAUCUGCCGCUGUGCGAGGCCUACCGCCGCCGUGACAGUUGGGCCUCCCCGGGCAGCAGCUGCAGCUCCACUCAGGGAGACCGAGAGGAUGUGGAGGGACCUCCUUCACAGGAGGCAAACCCCCAGCACCACGUCAAUGGACAUGGGACGUCUUCUAUAGAGAAACCAUGAGGAGAAACGUGAACAAGGACUGAAAUGCUUGUUUUCUGUUUGUAUUUAGAUUUUUUGUUUAUUGUUUUGACCUGCAGCUGUCAGGUCAUGUGUGGGCUGAAGGUUAAACUCUGUGAAUUUAGAAGGAAAGCCCAAACAUAGAUCUGUUUCAACUACAUAAGUGCAUGUGCUCUGAUUUAUGUCAUACAUGCAAUAAAGAAGGGGUGAGAAAAAUUUAGAAAAAAUGUUUUUUUUUUUGUACAUUUGCAGCUUUUUAAUAGUUUGUAUAUUUUUAUAAUCUCUGAGUAUUGACAACAAUUGCAUGUUUGUAAGGUUGUUUUGGACAUUGUGUUUUCCCUUUUUUGUACUCCUCCAAGCACAAUUCAGAUUAAAGGAUGACUUAAAGCA